AUGUUGUUAUGUGAUCACUAUUUAUCGUCGGACCGGUACAAUCCAAUUGUUGAGGCGUAUUUACGGGAGACAGGUUUUUAUCAUGUUUCUUAUAUUGGAGUCGUUCAAUGCCAGUCAGCAAUGAUUAAUGCUCUCAUCGAGAGAUGGCGUCCAGAGAUUCACACCUUUCAUUUUUCGAUUGGUGAGUGUGCCGUGUCGUUGGAGAAUGUGGCGAUGAUUCUCGGUCUGCCGACAAACGGAGUUCCAGUUACAGGACCAACGAUGAGUAGUUUUGAGGCCAUGGAGGCCGAGUGCUUGCACCAGUUUGGUGUUGCACCGAGGAAUAGGGACUGUAGAGGAAGCUUUAUAAAACUGAUGUGGUCUAGGGGUUUGAAGGAUCGCACAGUGUUGACUGAUGAUAUUCAGAUUCAGAGGUAUGUCAAGUGUCACAUAAUGUUGUUAUUUGGGACAAUUCUAUUUGGUGACAAGUCUGGUGCAGCGGUGCAUUAG